AAGGAGGCGUAAACCAUAGCGUCAUUAUAUGUCCUAAACUGGGUUUUUGUUGAAUAGGUCAUUUUUACGUAAGAAUAUCUCACCUAGUCAACACGUCGAAAUCAACACAUUUAUCGGGAAGGGAACAGCAAGACAGUUAGUGAAAAAAUUCCUAUCAUGGAGGUUACAGAAAAGAAGAUGCCCAAACAGGCCCAGCUGCUCUCUCUUGGCCGCAAGGACACCAGUCACCUCUUGGAAGUGUAUGUGAAGCGCAGCAUCAGUUUAAGUGACGGGACAUGUGAGGACCAGAGGUCACCAACAAAGCCUCGGAAGUGGGUGACACUGUCAGAGAAACGCAGAAGAGUCCACCGGCAUUCUAUUGACUCCUUGGUCACCUUAGGGCCCAGCAAACUUGACAAGGGCGAUGCUACCAGAACACCACCCAACGAGGGCUUUGUUAUACCAAAUGUGGCUCCUGUAGAAAUCCCAGGGCCUGCUGAUAUUCCUGAGAUUGAUGCGUCUACUGAACUGGAGAAUAAGUCUAAAGAGGGAAAGAAGAAGACCAAAAGGCCCUCUCUCUGGAAAAGUUUUCUGGGUUUCUUCUCGAAAAAGGGGAGUGACCAGAAAGAUGAGCAUGAGUCUGGUACAGAGACUGCUGGACAGUCACAAGGAAACAAAUCCAUAAAAAAGCAAUGGCGCUCCAUGAGGAGACUACCUCUGAGGAAAAUAAAGAGUGACAGCCCCAGAGGGUCUGUGAGGAGAUCAUCGGCUCGGAACAGGGCCAUCACUACAGAAAUAACUGGAGUUGAAUCGGUUGUGAGUGUGGUGCUUACAGACUCGUACUAUGAGAAAGUGUCAGAAGAGCUGGAGAAGAUUGUGUCUGAGGAGAAAGAGACAGACACAGCUUCUACAGAUGAGGACGUCAUCAAAAGGUUAAUUGUUCUGAUGAAGCAGCAAGGAGACGUCAUUGAUAACAAGCUGAAGGAGAACCCCAGCCUGAGCACAUUCUUCCAGAAGCUGUCCUACAGUACCUUCCAGCAGUUAGCUGAUACGUAUGUGGAGACAGAGACCCCUACAGGCCAGAGCCGCCAGACACCACACACUGUUGGGCCCGGGCCCGUCAAUGCCCCGGAGCUGGUCAAGCUGGCCUUCACUCUGGACUUCACAGCCAGGGUGGCCUGUCUCUCCAGACAAUCCACAGGACACAUCAUGGGCCUGGGCAACCGCUACUUAGAGGACCGCUUCACCCAGACACCAGAGGUUAAUCCAGAUCAGACGUUGCAUAACCAGGAUGGUCCUAAUCAUUGAUGCGCCACCACAUGCAAAUGAGACCAACUACUGCAGGGGAAAGUAAACAUACUCAGUACUGUAAUAGCACAUGUAGUGCUCCUUGGGACACAAAUAAAACCCAGAGGCAGGUCACCUAGGGAACACCACAUGACAGCCACUUAUGGUAGUCCUUGUACCAGUAAAUCUACACUAGGUAAUCUAAAUAACUACUAUGUGUACAGGUUAGUAAGUAAAAUAUAUCCACUAUG